CCAAGCGUGCGUGUGUCACACACACACACACACACACACACACACACACACACACACAGAGAGAGAGAGAGAGAGAGAGAGAGAGAGAGAGAGAGAGAGAGGCGCACCACGCGAAACCCCGCACAAAUACAAGAGAGAGAGAGAGAGAGAGAGAGAGAGAGAGAGAGAGAGAGAGAGAGAGAGAGAGGAUGUCAUCGAGAUGCCAGCAGCAGUGUUCAAUUAUGCCAGCGUUCCGCGGAAUUACGAAGGGGUUGGCCAAAGAGAUUCUGAGGAAUCAGCCCCUCGACAUCUAUGAGUUCGGCGCCCACUACUUCACUCGCCUCUUGGAGGCACAGCGCAAGAUAGACGAAGGUCAAUAUCCCGACUUGGGCGCUAUCGAUGCUUCGGAGCUCGAUGAGCUUUUGCUUCUGGAAUUCAUCGCCGCUGAUCAGGAGAAGACGGCUCAUUAUUACCCUCGCGAGAUUGUGGAGGUGACCACCAUGCCAUACGGACGGUGAUGACAAUGAUCAUGGAGGAAUGCUCUGCUGCCAGCUUUCCCUUUCAUUGUGUGUGUACUGUUAUGCAGUUCAUUCUAAUUCAACAACUUACAAUCUGGACGUAAUCGCGGUCAGACACAUGCAGGGUAGACACCCUCCCUGUAGUGAGGUCACAUUUGAAAAAGAAUAGGUUCUUCUUGCUCCAUCCCGUUCUGUAUAAGGGACGUUGGACCCAGUUUCCAGCACUUGAUACUCCCCACCAAUAGAUUGGAGUCAUCAGUGGAGGUGCUACUACCAGGUAGCCUACUAGUGGGGGCUCCUCACACCACCACUAGCAGCUCUGGCCGAAUUUUCAAAAACAAAAAAGAAAAAAAAAAAGGUUCUCUCUCCAGAUGCCACAACUGAGUAGGAAUAGGAAGAUCAAUGGCUAUGGCCAGAGGUGAAUGAAGAAUUAGUGAGAGCAUACUCAUACCCUGCAUGUAUAUCUGACAGCGAUUACGUCCAGAUAUCAGUCAAAAAGUACUGGUGUGACUCGCUUCUGGUGUUGAGAACGGAUCUGGCCUCUUUACUCGUCCAUGUGCAGGUGAACCCUUGGUGGAGCAGGGCCCUUGCAGGAGUAGAACCCCUAAUAGGGUGCAUACAUGAUUCAAGUAUAGUGUCUGGGAUGGAGACGACCAAGUGUUCCUGCCCGUAGAUGUCUCCUAGGUCGACGGUGAGAAACGCUUGAUCCUUAGCAGAUGUAGUGGCACCCCCUCCUGCGUUACAUUACAAAAUUAUCUGCAAAACCCGUAGAGUAAAAAAAAAAAAAAAAAAAAAAAAAAACGUAGAGUCGGCAGCAAAGCUAGUAGAAGAGGAGUGUUUGUUUGUACAGCAGAAAGGGCAAAAAAACAAGAAGAACAAGAAGAAGAAUAAAAAGAAAACAGGAGGAGGAAGAAGGUAGAGGGAGAGGGAAAGGCGAAAGGCAAGGCAAGAAAGCAACACCUACUGCUCUCUCUCUCUCUGGUGCUGCUAUCACGGACUAAGGGCCAUGGCGGAGUUGGAGGGAGGGAGCAUAUAUGACUUAAUCCCCCCCCCGGAGGUCAUAGUGCAGAAGCCACCCAUUUAUAGGUCCAAAUAUGACUGGCGAAUUGAUCCUGCCAAAUUUUUUAUGGGGGUGAGAGUGAAGAGAAGUAGGGCCACAUUUGGGCCCCCGAAAAACUCUCUUAAGCCCAGCACCAAGAGGUUCCUCAUGAAACACGAGAAGGAGUUCAAGCUGCCAGAACCGGGACCCGUCACGAAUCCUAAGAAAAAAAUGAAGGCCCCCAUUCCCAAGGAGCCCCCGGUACACGGGCUAAGGUCUGGAAACAAUUUCAUCACUGUGAAUGCAGUUAAGGCCAUCAACAUGGAACCGAAGCCACCCAAGGAUCCCCCGGUGCAGUACGUCAAGAAGAUUGAUUAUGGGAAAGUACCGCAGUACCUUUUGUACAUCAAGAAGAUGAUCGACAAUGAGCGGAGGAUGAUUGAGAACAUCCACAGAAGCUGGUUGACGAAGUCUCACCAGUUCCAGAAGACGAGGCGAAUGGAGGAGGACGAAAGGGCGCAACUUCUUCGCGGCCUCAAGCUGAAAUGGCAGUCCUUAAACCAAGCAUACCAGAGAAUAAGUUUCACCGUCGACACACAAGCAAGGAAAAUGAGGAAAGAACAGUUUGAAGAAAGGCUUGAGAGCAUUGAAAAGGACAUUGUCACUCUUUCGCAUCGGGUCGUGCUCAUUUCCGAGAAGGAUUCAGUGCCGGAUCCAACAGCCUGAAGGGGGAAGGGAGGGGAGGGCGUGGACGCCGUGGAGGAGGUUGAUCGAUCUUCCCUGUUCUUUUUCUCCCCUUUCGAAUCUAAUCGACUGCAUUCAUUUUCCCUGAGCCGGUCGGUCUUCCAUUGCCACUCUUUUUUUGCAGUGAGAAGGAUUUGUCAUCGGCUCCAACAACCU